AUGAAAAUGCGCCUCCUCGCCCUCCUGGCCUCAGCAAGCCUAAUAACCGCCCUCGUUCCCCCCGCCAUCCAUAACCCCGAACCCAUGGCUGGUAUCAACCUCCCCCGCGAAGCCCUCCCCCUCAUAACCUCCGCGCCAAACCCCCUUUCCCCCCUCUCACCCCGUCAAGACCGCCCCGAGUCCCCCUCCCCCUGCUUCACAGAAGUAGUCACAACCACAACCUCCUGCGUCGCGAUCGGCGAGUGCACCUCGGGCCCACACACCAGUCUGGUCUGCCACGCAGACUACAUCUGCCGGUCCGACUCCCAAGGCAACCCCUCCUGCAUGUACCGGGAGUCCUCCCUCGGCGUAGCAGGCACAAUCAUCGCCAUUUGCUUCGCCGCCGCGCUCGUGAUCUCCGUCUUUAGCAUCUGUUUCCUCUGCUGCAGGGAGAGGAGGGAGCAGACUCGUCUCGAAAAGGCGGCCGAGGCGCAGAAGUUGUUGAAGGAGUCAAAAGUUGCGAGUAAGAGGCCGAAUGGGAGGAAUGUAACCGGGGGAGUGACGGGUGUUGGGACGGAGGGGAGUGGGUAUGGGAGUGGGAAUAAUGGGGGUGAUGUGGGACAGCAGACGGGUUAUGCUGGCGCACAGGGGGGGCAGGGGAAUCCGUUUGCUGAUUCUGGGGAGGGGGCCUUGAGGUGA